AACUUGUCCUUCUGACUGUCAGUGCAACGGAAAGCUACCUAGAAAAUGGGUAUCAGACCCCUUUUAACUCCUCCCCAGGCGGGCGAAUCACCCUUAGCCUCCCGUAGCCUGUUCUCCUUGCGAUAUACAAGCACUCGGAGUGAUGGCAGGCCCCAUCGAUGAGAAGCACAUCUACUACCCACGCCAUUCGGGUGAUACUACCUCGGUUUUCAAUAUCCUGAGACGACGGCUCCCGUCCGAAUUUGUCCUAGAGGUGUUAGAGCAUGCCGGAUAUUGGCUUCUAUCUCGGAUCUCUAGGGCGGACGAAAUGCAGUAUGAGGAGAGGGACUGCCAUGGGCAACCGCCAUAUUUGACAUCUGCACCAAUCCAAGGCGAGCGGUACCCCGUGAAGAAGAUCCGAAUCACAAUCUGGAGUCAUGACCAGGGGUGGAGUAGCUACCCCCAGGACCAUGGCACCUUCAACAACUCUUGGACAUGGUUUGACCUUGGGAUCACUAGAGCGGCGGGGAGAGAAGAUAUCUCUAAGGAUGCGAACUUGCGGCUGGCGACCAAUGUGCAUGCAAGCAAGAAAACCAUGUGCCAUGAAAUUACCUAUCACAGGGAUCAGAACCUGCGGUGGGUUCAAAACCUUGAACCUGGUGAUAGCAUCUCUAUCAUUCCUCGGGCGUUGUUUCCUGGCUGGAGGAACUUCGUCGAAAAGGCUUCCAUUGAGAUCUACACUAUGCCUGUCCUAAUAGACUACUAUUGUGUUAAUCGAUGCCCACCGUCGUACCAUACGUUGGCCGAUAAGUUAGGGGCUGCAUCGAGAAAGGUGAAAAGAUGGCUUCGGACAUUCUAGGGCGCUGGUCGGAAGCUUUAGUGCUAUACUCAUGUGGCAAAUAAAGGGGUCCCUUUGCAGCAUACUUAGUUCAUCCGAUCGGAGUACUUUCGAAAGGUUCCGUGCAAUGUCAAUAAACCACACAAAGGGGACCAUUCUGGACCCCUCUGGCUUCAUACCCCCAGUCUCUUACUGUACUCCGUAAACUCUGGUGAUAUUGCCUCCAGGACAUACCAUCACAGACCAUGUUGACGUGCAAGGAAUCCACGUGUAGAAAGAUAUCCGCUGCAAGAUGGAAGACCCUCGACUGUGAUGAGAUAUUUAGGACGUAUUCUCCGACCAUGUAUUCCUACUUCGUUCUCCGGCUCGUCAAACCUGGCACCCUAAACGGAGCAUUUGGGCGCUCCCCAGCCGACCGGUGAGGACGUAUAUGCAAGUAUUAUGAAAAGAAUCGUCAGAACUAUGCUGACCUGGCUAGAGAAAAGUGGAGGAUAUGAAUACUUCCAAAAGUCGGCGCCGAGAGAGGGCCCCCAUUAUGUUCUUGGCAUCAAGGGCAAGUCAACUGGCGAGUGCGGUUAAUCAUCAUUCCCGAGAAAAAUCUGAAAGGAACGUUCACCGCCAUUUUAAAUGAUUUUCUCAAAUCCAUGCAUAGAGUCAAGUCAUAGACCGGCCAAUGAUGGAUUUGGGGCUCGACGAC